GCGUCGAACUUCGUGCAUUACCAGAUCCAGCCAAUCCAACUUCGACAUUUCGUCACUUGUUUGUAUUUUUGUAAUUGUACGUUCCUUAAUGCCACGACGUUUAUGUGGAGAAGCAAUGUCAUCAGGUUGAGGAACUGCUCCUCUGCUGCGGCAUGGCGCAACACCAGGUGGUACAGCUCGCAGACAAGCCUGCCGAUCACGAACAAUGAGUUCGAGGCCGCUCUCCAGCGUACUGGCUGGGACAGAUUUCAUUUCGAGCACGGUCGUCGAAAGCUAGGCAUGGCCAUCAGUGGUGGCGUUGAUUCCAUGGCACUUGCUGCAUUGUAUGCAGAGCUCAUUGCUGUCCGAAAUUACCCGGGUCUAGCGCACGCGUUCAUUGUGGAUCAUAAAGUGCGCCCGGGGAGCACCGAAGAGGCAGAGUGGGUGGCUCAGCAGUGUCGCUCAAAGUUUGGCAUGGAAGCCUCCGUCCUGCCUCUCUCCUGGCCCGCCGACUUCGAUCCCCUCGACCACAAGGGGUUCGAAACAGCCGCACGCACUCUACGGUAUCAAGCCCUCGGUCGAGCCUGCCAUAACGCGAACGUGUAUAGAUUGAUGGUCGCCCACCACGCCGACGAUCAGGCCGAGACAGUCUUGAUGCGCCUUGCUAAUGGCCGGCUGCGCCUUGGUCUGCAGGCAAUGCAACCUAUUGAAUGGAUCCCCGAAUGUCAUGGCCUGCAUGGAAUAUCGCAUAGUGGAGUGACGCACGGCAAGUUCAACAACCCAGACUUGGAGCAUUUGCCAUUUCCGAUUGAAAACGGUGGGGUGAAGAUUCUGAGGCCUCUGCUCAACUUCUCUAAAGCGCGGCUACUCGCAACGUGCAAACACCACGAUAUUGCUUGGGCGGAAGAUAAGACGAAUCAUUUGCAGACAUACACGUCGCGCAACGCGAUUCGUCAUGUGUUGAAAAACCAUGAGCUACCUGCUGCGCUCAGUGUCCAGUCACUUGUGGAUGUGUCCAACCACAUGCAGCAACGCGUCGCUACGCAUAAAGAGGAAGCAGAAUGGCUGUUCCUUGAAUGCAAAAUUCAGCUGAACAUCCAAACAGGCUCGCUACACAUCCAGUUCCCUUCGUUUCGCCGACUUCUCUUCGGCCUUCUGUUGACCAAAAAGCCAACUUAUGAGCUUACCCAGUCCGACCUGAUCAACGCCAGGGAUACUGCAACGCUCCUUCUUGCACGAGUUGGUCAAUUGAUUUCGCCGAGGGAAGAUCCACCAUUGGCCGAACUCGCAGCCAGCGUUAAAAACAUCUGGCCUGAGUUCAAAGAACUGGAAGAGGCUGAUCUCGCCCAGACCGGUACGCCCGAAAGCAACUUCAGCUACUGUGUCUUUGGUAUAUGGUGGCGUAAGUGGAACGGAUCUAUAGGCGCUAUCGAGGAAAAGGACAAGAGACGUCAGGACAACAUGAACUGGUUCCUUACACGUCAACCUUUGGAUAACCGUCGCGGGGCCUGGGAAGGUUUUGUCUACCCCCCUUCCCAUGUCGUCCCACUGAUACAAAACGCCUCGUCUGCAUCGACUAGCAGAGUGGGCAACGAGUACCAGCUCUUCGAUAACCGCUGGUGGAUCUGCAUCAAGAACAAUUCCACUGAAGAGCUAAGACUUCGCUUCUUUUCAAAAGACGACUACGCUCGCUUGCGUGCGAGAGAUACAGAGCGUGAAGCUGCCAGUGUUGCCUUCACUGCCUUGUCCAUGCUUACGACCGCUGACCUUCGUAUCAACAACCUGCCCGCGAUAUUUCGCGUCAAUGCUGAAACGAAGAAGGAAUUCCUCGUUGGUUUCCCGACGCUCAACGUUAACGUAGGAAACUAUGGCUUUCACAAAGACGUCUGCACGUGGCGCGUGCACUACAAGAAGAUCGACUUGGGUCCCAAAGAUAUUGCUGCGAUUAUCGUUCCGCGCGUCACGCGGGAGCAGAUUGAAGACAAGAUGGGCAAGUACUCAAGGUUCGUGGCUCCAAGACGCGCCUUCAAACAGAAGAGUGAGCGCGAGGAUAGAAGGCAGAAUUGGCUGGAGAAGAAGCGCCAGGCGGAAGCACGGUCUAGGGAGCGAAAGCAAGAGGCAGGCAUUCCCCUGGUGCCGGUCGCCGAGUUCAAACGGCGCGGUAAGUCGGGGAAGGAAGAAGUCGGCGGAUAUAAGAUCAAGUGGGAGAAUCUUGGUGAUAGGCUUUGAAGUCCUACAAUGCACAAAUACCCGUCGCGAAACAAGCCAAUCUACACUUUCCAACCGCCACACGUUAGUGGCCAUCAAGAGAUUCGCACU